AUGAAACCACCUCGUAUUAAUCCUGAGCUUUACCAACGAAAAAGCCUGGAAGGAGAUUUAAAGGACAUUUAUAUAACAAUUUUGUCUCCUCUCUCACUGAAAGAACUUUUAAGAGGGGCUAUUAUUUUCUUAACAACAAACUUUUCCGUUUUCCUAAAACUUCAAAAUGGAUGCUAUCACCAGCUAUUAGCACUAACUCUUUCUUUUGGCUGGUCUAUCAAGUCAAGUCAUG